UUCGACCGUGCGUGAACAAGGGUAUCAGUACAUCAUGUUUCCGUUAAUAAUCAAGAGAUUAUUACUACUAAUCCCAACUCUGUUUAAUGAAUCUAAAAGCAUUUAUACUGUCUAGGAAUGGGAACUUGAAUUUCUUCCUUCGAAAAAUGGACUAUAUUUUCUACUUUAGGAAAGGUUUCAGAGCUGAGAUUUGCACUAAGUGCUGAGGUAGCCUUUAAGAGGUUUAUCAAAACACUAAUUAAGUGUAUACUAGGAUUAUUUAAAACUAAUAUAUUGAAAGCAAGCAUAAAGGGUUUGAAUAUAAGCAAGCCUCGCGUUUUCAGGCUUAGUCAAAAAAGCUCCAGUUUACUGAUGCAUUCUAAAACUUUGAACUUGUCAUUCGAGUGGUCUAGACAAUAUUCCAUACUAGAGUGCCAAUUGUACUUGGGCCGUGAAAUAAAGUCUUAUAAUUAGUGAUCAAGCCAAAGUAACACAAAAGAAAGCGACGGAACUAGUGUCUACUACUGUGCAUUAGUCUUGCUAUUUUUUCACGGACAAAGUAAAACCACUCGAAUAAUAAUGAUGGUUUUAUGUAGCUCAAAAGAAUGAAUCAAUCAUUUAUAUGUUUCCUGCACGUUAUUGAACAUCCCUUUGUGCUCAGGAGACCAUGUGCUUGUGGGUGAGUAAAAUAAAGAGAUUAGUGCUCUACGAAGCGUAUUCCAUCGCAUUUAACUGGCUCUCAGCAUCUCCAAAAGCGUUACCAGUAAAGACAAUUCAACUUAACAGUAUCUUGGACGAGUGACAUGCUUAGAGCGUCAUCUGCUUCCACGCUUGUGAUUGGAUGAGCUGAGAGUUAAGAAUAGGCCACACACUUAAACAAAAACAGUUGAUACGAAAAAAACUGCGAGACGAUAGGACACCAAUAUUCACUGAGUAGCAGAACUAUGAACAAUCACACGUCAAGCUGGCCAAGCAUCACGCCCAGGGAAGUAGCCGUAGAAGCAAACCUUACUGGUGCAUACAUGAUGACGAACUAUACACACGUUAUAUUAUAUUCCAUUCUCAUUCUGUGCUCUCUUCUCGGUAACGUUCUGGUCAUUGCUGUUGUCUUUGGCAACCGAACUCUGAGGACUAACUUCAAUCACCUCAUAGUCAACAUGGCAGUAUCAGAUCUGAUCAUUCCCCUACUCAUCCUGCCAUUAAAGAUUGUUCAGGAGACGAAUGGACCAGAAUGGCUAGUGGACGGUCCUCUUGGUGAAGCCUUGUGCAAGCUGUGUUACUUUUUCAGCGAUAUUUCAUCAGCCGUGUCCGUGUUAAGCCUAGUCAUUAUUGCUGUCAACAGGUACACAUCCAUCGCUUAUCCAAUGAGAAGUCRAGUUUUCAGUCGCAAAAAGAGUCGUGCUCUAAUCUCCAUCACAUGGAUCGCGUCUACUCUUCUCUUCUCACCAUACUUCUAUACUUUUGGUCUGCACAAUGAGCGAGGUUUCACGGAGUGUUACUGGUCUUGGCAUCCAGCAGACAAUAAACUAGCAACAGCAAUUUUUUAUUCGAUAGUGACCGCUACCAUAUUCGUUAUCCCGUUAAUCGCAAUUAUUAUAAUGUAUUCUCUUAUGGCAUACAAGAUCAAGCUAAACUCAAGGAAUAUUAAAGGGAUGUUGAACGACCAACAAGCUCGUAGGCGAAGAAACAGAAAUAACAACAUCUUCUACGUAUCAAUUGUUAUCGUUUGUUGUUUUAUCUUCCUAUGGGGUCCUUACCAUUGCUUCGUUGCUUUCUAUAUCACGGGCAACUUUCCACCAAGCAUUAUAGGUAAACAAACUGUUAUUUUUGUGGUUCAAUUUCUCGGGUAUGCAAAUUCGGCUAUAAACCCGUGUAUCUAUUUCAUUUUCUUGAAGCAUUUUCGCCAAGGAUUGAGAAUUCUUGGUUGCAGCAAGAAAAGCCGUAAAAAAAGAAGUUUAACUUUACUUUCAAUGACCGGCACACGGUACUCAUCCCGUAGAGAGCAGGAAGUUAGCUGAGAGUAUAAUGAUGAAGAACUAAAACCAGUUGUAAGUAUUAUACUAGAAAACAACUGAACAGCUAAUUUUCUCAUGCAUAAUGGUAUCCACUGAAUCUGGAUCACAACUGAAUAAAAUGACAGGGCAGAAAAACGACAA